AUGCCGGAGGGCGGCCGAUUCCGCGUUCAAUCGGUGGUGAAGGGCGAGGAGGCGACACCACCGCCCGAGAAUCUCCAGCUCAACCUUCCAGUCGGACCAAAUGGUCCAGUCAAAGGUUCGACCUCCACUUUCUCUCCAUAUCCGGGACGUUCCUUCCCACAAGAUGUCGUUCACAAGCUUCUAAGGAAAAGUCAAAAAACUUCGCCGAAAUUUGGGGUCAUUUGGCGCGCAAAUCGAAUUCGACAUUUACGUCUAUGUGCGUUGAGCGCGUUUUCUUGUUGUGUUGUCGUGCGAGGAUUUGGAGCAAAAAAAUGGAGCAAUUUUCUUAUUUUCUAUAAAAAGAGUUUUUUGAAGAAAAGAAGGGGCUGUGUGGAAGAAAAGCUGGUUCAGGUUAUAUAAAUAUGAUGCAGUCGAAAAAAAUCUUCAAAUAUUCAACUAUCAAAAAAAUUUUCAUGGUUCACUUCUAACUUUUACUUUUUUUUAAUUAAAGUGCAGUCAAAACUACUGCCAACUAUGAUAUAAAAAAACAAUUUUUUUGAAUAAAAUGAGUGUUUUGACAGAAAAAUGGGCUCAUAUUAAUCGAAAAAAACUCUAAAAAAAUGGUCAUACAUCGUUAUUUUUUUAAAGUUCUAUUGGACUUUUUCAAAUAGUUGCCUCUAACAUUCUUCUGAACUUUGAAAGCUUCUUUCCAGACACUAAAAAAAUUCGUAUAGAUUUUUUUAUUGUCAAUAAUAUUUCAUUGAAAAAAAGGCUGUCUGUUCGUUCAGUUUCAUUGAAUCCCUUCCAUUCUCUAUUCUAAAAAUCGUUCUUAUAAACUGAAAUUCCUUUUUCAAGAUUUUUAUACUUCACCGAAAUUUUUUGCCUUUCUUCUAGCCCUUUGAAAAGUUUAGAACGGAGUUUUUUAAAAGAUGAAUUAAAAAAAAACUUAUUUUAAACAUUUCCUUAGGAAAUAUUUAUCGCACCUCUCUCCAAGUCCAUUACUAAUAUCACCUCGUCAUCUCAAAUCUGGCCCAAAAACUAAAAAAUUCUGGAAAUCGUACCAAAAUGACGUCUAUGCGGAUAAUUACUUCAAAGUGGAAUUUACUGGGAAAAAAAAGAUUCGAAUGAGUUUUAACUUUUCAAUUUUCGGGAAAGAGACCAUGCGGAAGAAUGUUUGUAAUGCUAACUUACAACUUGCAAAUUUUUAGAAAGUUUCGUCAUACUAGCGUCAUUUUUCCUCCAGUUUUAUCAUCCAUCUGUUCACUUCUAACCUCCUGUUGUCUUUUAGAAGCUCCCCUUCCCGCCACUGAAAACUACAAUAAAAUUUUGAGAGCGCAAUAAAAAGGCGCGCGAUAAGGAAGAGCCAUCUCUUUUGGAAGACUUUGGGCUUCAGAGAGCGGAACAGCCCAUCCAAAAGUGGGGUACCGUCAACUCUUUGUGA